UCUUCUAACUUCAAAGAGUCCUCGGGCAAUUGUGAACUGAACAAGCAUGAGUUCUCUACAACAGACGAUGACACCAGGCUCACUGAUAAUCCAGACACAACGUUUUCAAUGUUUCUUAAGGUAAGAAAAUUUCUGAAUUUUCAUUGCUUAGACAACAAGGGCGUGCGUGUGCAGACGAGCCUAUUUUCCGCGUGCAAGAAGAAAUAGACUCGUGCACCCAGGCUAAUGCAACAACUGUUAAAACGAAGCUAAGUAAAAAAAUAGAAAUUUGGUAAAACAGUAAAGUUGAGUUGUUGUAAAAAAGCGCACGCAUUUCAGUCAUGUUUCGUAUGGGAGCGAGCCAUGUUUUCCCUUUCCCAAAUUUUUCAGUUCCGCAAAAUCAUUAUCAAAGGCAAUGUUUUCGUCCCUAACAAGAGGCUUACAUGUUUUGAAAAUGAAGUUAAGAGAAGUAUAGAGUGCAAACAACUGUAAAUGUUAAAAAAGGGGAACGCAGAGCCAGCAAUUUAUCAGUGAAAUUUUUAUGUUCAACAUUAGAUUUGCUUUGUGCCGUUAAAAAUGUUGAGGAAUCAGUCUAGCUAUAUAUACCUGCAAGAAUCGGUAGCUAGUAAGUCGCCCUCCCCUGCCCGAGAGAGACUGGCUAAAACAUCGCCUUUCUGGUAUAAAAAAGCUGUAGGAAGUCGAUGGAAAACGAUAGAUAUAAUUUUAGCUUACCGAAGUAACAUAUGAACAUUUUCCUCAGGGCUGCCUAAUGGCUGGAUGCCUUAACGGACGUUCUUGUUUGUUCGACGAAGGGAAAGAUGCGUUUGCUUGUUCAUGCAGUCCGCAGUGGAGAGGAGAAAAAUGCGAAAUGGGUAGGUCGAAACUGUUUUUUUUUUCCUUAAGUGCGAUAGACAGUCUAGGAGAAGAGUGAAAGACAUACCCGGCUGAAAACGAAAUCACACAACUUUCUAUACUUUAUACGUGGCAAAAUUUUUUUAGGAGCCAGGAAAGAGUUAUAAUCUGCUGACUGGUUUUCUCUGGCAAAUGCAGUUGAUAUAUAGUUCUCAGGGAUUAAUUUUCAUCCCGUGUGAUAUAAGAAAAGUAUGUAAGGGUGUGAGACUUUGGCGUUUACCAUUAGCCUCGCGGAAUGUGGAAAAUACAUUGCAUUGGAUUUGGCCAAAUAUUAUGUGACGCUCAAAUUAAGGUAAGUGAUACCUAACACUUGGAUCAACCCAACAAUUACUGAACACAUAACGGUCCUUUUUAUACAGAGAAUUUGCAUCCAUUAAUUAGAUAAUUAUUUUUGCUUAAGGCUUUUCGGCGAAACACUGGUCGAUCGUUCGACGAGGAAACAGCUAGAUUCUAACUAGAACGGUAAAUUGUUUUAAAAUAGUUAGUCAUAAAGGUAACAAAGUGACAAUGCGCAAACUUGGCACAAUUGAUAGCCAUGUAUAGGACAUUGAAAAAAUGCAAUAAGAAGAUGGAGUCACCAUGCUUGUCUUUGUUUUGUUAGGGCCGUUGUUCUUGAAAACCAUCAAAAAAUUUUAUCAUUUAGCAAAAGAAUAUUACUACAGAAACCUCGAUCCUGACGAUCCUGUUUGCUUCUCGGGGACUAUAAUCUCUGGGCUCCAAAUGCAGAGUUUCACGCCAUUUACUGUAUACAAAUAAUACAACUUCUACUAUCUUCUAUCUCCCUUCAAAAUAUUUUCUUUGAGUACCCAUAACAUUCCCAUAUAUUGUUGUGUUACCUAAGAGUUUAAUCAUCCUAAGAAAUAGGCCCUCUAAGGGGGGUUACGUAUGUCCAGAGUCUGAAUUUCAAAACCUGUCGUUUCUCGUAUCGAGGAGGAGGAGGCCAUGUCACUGUCAGGAUUUCACCAUUGUAUUUGUGCUUUUACUCUCUGUAGCUGUCGCAGUUUCAACCCAUCUUUGUGUCGUUUGUCUCCAUUUCUGCUGUCCCUAUGUCGCUGUUUCAAGGCCAUUUCGCUUCAGUGUCGUAAUUUAGCCUAACAGCGCCUGAAGAAAGUAGUCAAAACAGGUGUAAUCAACGGAGAGUUACCUAAGGGUGGGGAUAUACAAAACACCACAGUUUGUAUAGACCUGAUGGGUUUGAAGGUCUAAAAAUGAAACAAGCCCGGGGGGACUCCGCAUAUGAAAGGGGUGUGGAUGCUCGUCGGAAAUUUUGAAUUAAACCCCUAAAGGAGACCGACCUGGGCGUGGCCCAAGCUUUUUUUGACCCCUAAAAGAGACCAUGUUAAAACACAGACGAUAUAUAUAUUCAAGAGACUAUAAAGGGGACAGAGAGGGCAUCCCCCAUAUACACCCUAUUCCAUAGGUAAUUCGUCUCGAGUUAUUUUUAGAAUCGGGAUAAAGUUACCUCGCGUGAGGCGUGGAUGUUUCGUGGAGGUUUCGCAUGACCAAACGCCGUGCAAAACAUGUCGGGCGAGAGGCGAUGAAAGCGUAAAAAGAUCGAGAGCAUUCCUGAAUAUUGAAGCGAAAUGAGUCGGUCAGGCUCACCUGGGAAAAAGGAAUCGCUGGACUCUUUGACAACCCGUGAAAUCAGUUUAACUCUAAGUUGUCGUAACCUCAGUGCUUUAAUAAAAUGAGAAAUUUCGCCGGUCUAUUGAAACCGGUCGUUUGUACAAUUUAGGGAGUUUAAGAUCCAACGACGCGGACGAUAACUAGAACGUCAAAAAAACAAUAGGUUUAAUUAGCAAAACAACAACUUCGCACGUGCAACACACUUUUUUGUUCAUUUCUUUUCCGUUUUUGCACGCGACUACGACCUGAAAAUGCCUAAUUUCGCGUUUUAUGGAGGACGUAAAUAAGCAACGACGAAAUUUUAUUUCUCUUUCUGAGCUUGAAUAUGGUCCCUUGAAAUUCGGCUUUAGGAGGGUUCGCCUACAAUUGGCAAAGUAAGUGCGUAGGAAUAAUCGCUAUAAAGACUGAAAAAAAUAAACAUCAAACCAGAAAUUGCUCUCUUCAAACUGUAAAUUAUAACUGAUCCUGAGAGAAUAUUCAGUGUGUUAAGGAUUUCCCUGCUCUACUGUUAGCUCUAUACAAGAGAGGAAGGGCGAUUCUUUUUUAAUUUCGGUUUCGCUGACACAGCUUUCGCAGAAAUGUCGCUGUAGUCGUUUUCGUCGACAAAAGGAAUAGCAAAAUCGCUCUCCGCGUCUUCCCCCAUUUUGUUCUGCGUCAUUUCGUGAAGGACGCGUGGCUCUCAGCGUGGGUCAUCCACGCGGAACACAUUCGCGUUAUGUGAUUAGCUGUUGUCUACUCGCCCUUGAGAUCUGUGGUGUUAAAAAUAACUCGAGACGAAUUACCUGUGGAAUAGGGUGUAUAUGGGGGAUGCCCUCUCUGUCCCGUUUAUAGUCUCUUGAUAUAUUUUUAUAUUGUUUGGCGUGCAACUGCCUAAACGAGACCUUCACGGCUAACUAUCAUGGCGUUUUGCCCAGAACACCAUAAGUGAGACCAAAAUCCGAAAUUUACACCCCUAAACGAGACGACGAGCAUCCCCACCACUUUCAUAUGCGAUUUGCCCCUCCAACCCCGGGAAACAAGUGCGUGUGAAAAUAAGACGAUAGUAUUAAUGUUUUCAUGUGGCUAUUAAGCCUGCAUUGCACCAGAAAUGCUGCGCAUAGUUAGGCCGUUAAAGCCUAUUUCUUGACACUUUAAUUUAAAUUAGUCUCUUGCUAGCCUAAAAUUAUGUGUUUUUCUUGGCCUAAAAAGAGUAAAUUUCAGUCAAGUACGAAUCGACCGUCAACCACGCUAAGCACUCAUGCAGGCUGAGAUCUAUCGAAGUAAUUUUGCUGCGUGCGGUUUCAUGGUAAAUUAAACGAUGCUGAGAACUCGAUAGAAGUCGGGGUGCGAGCUUGAAAUCGCGGAGAGACGAACUCGAACUCGAAUGCAGCGAAAAAGAUAGGUAAUUAUUUGUGCGUUUUCAUUUUAUGGAUCACUCGAAAUCCAGGGGUCGAAUUCGAACGGGGCGAACUCGAAAGGGAGGAAACCGGCUGAUUCCUUUACGUUCAUCCAGGGAUUAAUAAAGGAGGUAUACAGAGGAAACACAUUUCCUUUUUGUGGAUCGGUAGGGAAGGAAAUAACGAACCAACCAUCAGUUUUCCCAUGAAAGGGUGUGUCGUCUGGCUUAGCCACUUCCCUUGUUGUGGCUUUCAAUCAAAGAAAAUGGUAAUCCGGCAACAAAAUGCAGGUAAAUGAUUUUCUACGAAAGAUUUCCGUGACAGACGAUUGAAGGAAUCACUCAAUAAAAAAUUAUCCUCUUCUACAUAAAUCAAAGCGUUCUAUUUACUAUUUUGCAGAUAUAAAUGAGUGUGAGACAGGAAAGCAUCACUGCGACUCCAAUGCUUUCUGUAACAACACUAAAGGCUCUUACAUUUGUACAUGCAAACCAGGAUACACCGGAAACGGCGCCGUUAACUGCACAGGUAAAAUAACGAAGUGAAAACCCUCAGCUGAUAGCACUGCCAUAACCUGAUAUAAAAGCAUUUGUAUUUCUAUUCAACAAAUUUUUUCGAGUUCUAUUAAGUCGUAUGUUACAUCUUUAGGAGCUCUUUAAAAUAGUUCCAACAUGAUAAAAUGUGAUAGGCCGCUUGUGGAGUAGGAUUAUUUUUUCAUAUGACUACUAUCAAUUUCAUUUUCGUUUAAGGACAGCUCUUGUAUUACUAUUUUGCAGAUAUAAACGAGUGUGAGACAGGAAAACAUCACUGUCACUCCAAUGCUUUCUGUAACAACACUAAAUGCUACACUGGAAACGGCGUUAACUGCACAGGUAAAAUAAGGAAGUGAAAACCCUCAGCUGAUAGCACUGAAUAACCUGAUAUAAAAGCAUUUCUAUUCAACACAUUUUUUCGAGUUCUAUUAAGUCUUAUGAUACAUCUUUAAUUUAGGCGCUCUUUAAAAUAGUUCCAACAUAAUAAUUAACAAUUAUUCCUCGAGCCCGAAUCCGCUGUAAUAUUGGCCCUAUCAUAGUCGACAAAACCGUCACAAGCGCACCAAGCGUAGGGCCUUCCAGACGGAAGCAGCGUUUUCGGGAGCUUGCGCAUAGAUGAAAGAGUUUUCCUUUUACUUUGGAGUGGAUUUGUGACACGUUUCUUUUUACUUUCACCUUCGUUUAGCUUAAAAUUUUCGAUCUGAGUUAUGAUUUUAAGUUGACUUAAUUUUCGAUGGACUGUCGACUUGUCGUGUAAACGAGACAGUUCCACUGUCCAAUUAUCGUUUUCUUUGCAAAGUAACUAAAUGAGUCUUCUGUUAACUAUCUCAACCUAGAUAUUAACGAUUGCGAUGAAAAAAAUGAGUGUAGCCUCUGAUUUACCAUUCGAUUCAGAAAAGAAAAAAGUUAAUAAAUUCAUACUGCGAAAUUGUACCUUUUUCAUUUUUUCUUGUUAUUGUUAUUAUUUUUUUUUUUUUUACAUUUCCUUUCAGACUGGAAAAAGAUUAACAAUGAAUCAGUCUGCUACAAAGCUAAAGACUCGCAUGGAAGUUUUCGCAUCACCAAACAGGGACUCAUCCACACGUUUAAACUUGUUCACCGAAGAGGAUCAUUAAAGUGUGCA